AUGCAGGGGGAUAACUUUACCCAAGUUUAUUUAUUCAAAAAUUAUAAAAUUCCAACGAAAAAGGGGUCUACUGACAACGGUGGUUACAAUUUUAAGUCGAUUAGAUUAAACAAAAAAGGCCUUAUAUGGCCCUAUGUCUAUUUUGCCCUAAGCAAAAGCGAGAUAAUAGGAGCUUCAUCGUCAAGCGUUGUUAUUUCUUCAACUGAAAAAGAUUUAGUAGAGGAAGAAUCUUCUCCAAAAAAUCACAAAAUUUCACCUAAAUCGCCUGGUGGCGGGAAAACCAAGUUUCAAACUGAACACGGAAACACAUAUGCAAAUGAUGCGGAACUUGAAACAUUCAUUGGAAACAGACACAACCUUGAGAAAUGCCAUCAAAUAGUUUUUGUGCUCAGAUACUUUGUUUCCAAAUUUGCAAAGCAUUGCAAUACUAAAUGUAUUAUCUCAAAAUUUUUUUGUUGUGAUUUUAAUGAUGAUGAGAAGAAUGAAAUUUAUGACUUUAUUAGAGAAUUGAACGAAAAUUUGGUGCCUUCUUGCGAUUUUCUGAGGAAAUUGACUUCAGAUUUAGCCCGUGAUUCUGUGGAUUUAAAGUAAGCAUAUUAAAGAAUAAUUAACUCUUGAGGAUUUAAGUCAAGGUUUUUUAGUGUCUGAUGAUAAAGUGGAGUGAAGGAAAGAAGGGAAGGUUCAAAGUAUUAAGUUCAAGGGUUGCGCCACGAGCCUUCGGGGUUGAAAAUGUCGGGGUCCGGGUCGGGCUUAGUCG